UGGUUAUCACAGACAGGAAGACUGGAGCUGAGAGUUACAUUCUUAUUAUUCAGUUUAUGACAUGGUAUGAUGCUCGGAGCUACUGUAGGCAGCAUCAUACAGACCUGGCCAGUGUGAGAAACCCAACAGAAAACUCAAUUGUUGGGGCAUUGAACAAUUGGUUCACUUGGAUUGGCCUUGUGAGAGACCCCUGGUACUGGACAGACCAGACCACCGAUGUAUCCGUAAUUCAGUGGUCGCCUGGAAACGCUAAUGAUUAUCUGAUGAAUAAAAGUUGUGUCUAUUUAAAUGGUGGUCAAGCUAAUGUAGAACAGUGCUCAAACAUGAUGCCUUUCUUCUGUUAUGGAUUCCCAACACUGAAGAAGACCAUAAGAAUGAAGUUGAAGUCCAGUCAGGAUGUGAAUGAUCCUACAAUAAUGGCAGCCAUCGAGGAGAAGCUGAAGCAGAAACUGAAGGAUUAUGGAAUGGCUGAGAACAUCAUUGUGACAUGGAGAAAGCAACCAGAUGGAGUGGUGUUUCACAAGGAGGAGGAAAACAUUACUGCAGUGACUAACACUAGGGAGACUUGUGAUCUCUAAAUCUCAUAAUAGUGUAAAUUCUGUAGUGCACUGAUUACUUUUAGUUUGAGGACACAUAGUGUGUAAUAUUUUAGAGUUGUUAAGUAGUACUUUUACUAGUAAAAGAUCCCUGAGUUACUAAAGUCUGUGUAAAUGCUGUCACAAAUACAUGAGCAUAUACAGUAAAUGUAUGCUAAAUCUUUGCUUGUAUCAUUAAGGGAUUUUUUCACUUCUGCUUGUAAGACAGUUGGUUUA